AUUUCCAUUCACUCACUCACUCACUCACUCACUCAUCUCGUUCAUUCAUUCAUUCACCCCAUUCUCUCAUUCAAAUGGCAACAGCCGACCUCGCAUCUUCAAAGGCGCUGCCGUUCUGCAAGGACUGCGGCACCGUGCUGGAUCUCUCUGCGGACGACGACUAUGCAUCGUGCAACGCGUGUGGCAAGUCGCGCGAGAUGGCAGAUUUUGAACUUCAAGUGACGCGAUCGUACUCUCACCCAUUCGCCUUCCAAAAGCCAAAGUACAACACAAUGAAGGUCGGAAAGACCAAGGGUGCCACUAUCAACGAAAAGUGCCCCAGCUGCGGACACCCAGAGAUGAUGUUCCGAACAAUGCAGUUGCGAUCUGUCGACGAAGGCCAAACUGUCUUUUACGACUGCGAAAAGUGCAAAUUUUCCUUCUCGGUCAACUCGUAAUAACGCGCCGUCUUCUCCCCGCGCCUGUUAACAAAUGCUAUCAAUACACAACUUUUUUUGGU